UCAACACCCAUUGCCACGCCGACCACAUCACAGGCACCGGGCUUCUGAAGCAGCUCUUACCGGGAUGUCGGAGCGUCAUCUCCCGGGACAGCGGGGCCUCCGCGGACGUCCUGAUCGGGGAAGGGCACACGCUGCGUUUUGGGGCAUUCGCCUUGGAAGCCCGCUCCACUCCAGGGCACACGGACGGUUGCCUGACCUACGUGCUGAACGACCAGAGCAUGGCCUUCACGGGGGACGCCUUGCUGAUCCGGGGCUGUGGGCGGACGGACUUCCAGCAGG